AUGUCCGAUCGUCUACACCGCGCCACAGAUAAGUUUAAGACUAUGAUCAAAAUGAGAUCUUGGUCCCAGAAACGAGCGAGAGAGCAACAGGAGGAUGGCCGAGGCCGUUGCUACCUAAUGGAAUUACCAACCGAGCUGCUACUGGAGAUAAUAUCCCAUCUGACAGUGCUGCCGGAGGCUGCGCUUGCGCUGACCAACAAGCGCAUGUUCGCAAUAUCCGGAGAGAUCCUGUUCUCGAAAUCCCUCCGGUUCAGUCGUGACUUUGCCCCACUGUUCCACCAUUACCGCAAUGGACACAACUUCGUCACUCCCCGGUGGUCUUUCCUCAACUUGUUGGAAAACUCCCGCUGGAAACUAUGCUCCAAGUGUUUGAAACUCCACCCUAGAGCCGCAUUCUCAUCCAGAGAGCUGAGGCGGAAGCCAGAGAAUCGAACAUGCAAGAUUGGAGAGUUAGCAGGGGUUGUCGACCUGUGCCCAUGCAAGAAAUUAACCUUCCGCGAUAAACUCGAUCUUGCGGACCAUGUUCGAGUGCGGCAGGUGGCACUGCAACCAUUGAAAUCACACUUCGGGAAUGCCGUUGACGACCGCUAUUGCUGGCAUACAUGCACCGAACAGUAUGGCCCAACAGAACUGAAGACAUCUCUAUUCCCAGAAAUCAAUGCCGACAACCAGUUGAUUCUUCGCACGGAAUACGAACUCACCACGGAGUUGGGCCAAGUUGGAAAGGAAGAUUAUAUGACACCACGCUUCGGAUGUGCACAUAGAUCAGUCGACCUGUGGCUCUCGAGCGUUCACCAAACCACUAUAUGUCGCCUCUUCGACUCUUCCUGUUCAUCCUGCAAGCGUAUAUCAUAUCAACACGGGCAAAUCCCCCCGCAGAUACUGUACAAUAAUGCCGCUCCUCCGCCCCCAUACGAUAGCUAUGGCAAGCCAGCAAUGUAUCCUUCGGCUAUGACACCAUAUUCAUACCCAUCGACAUAUACUCCACAGCCACAGCCACAGCCACAGCAACAGCAACAGCAACAGCAACAACAGCAGCAGCAGCAGCAGCAGCAAACGCGUCCUCCGCCGCAAACCCCCCCGCAGCAGCCGCUCCAUUUACCACCACAGGCUCUCCAACCGCGGCCACAACCAGGGCAACAGCCAGGACCACAACUCCUCCCUCAACUACAAUCCCCCCCUCCACCUCAGCCUCCUCCCCCACCUCCGCCUCCGCCUCAAAUCCAACAUGAAGAGCUUCAACAUCAGUUUGUCAAUCCGGCUCAAUUAUUUGUACAACAACCUCUGCCUACUGCUCCGCGAUCCCGAUACACCCAACUCUCUCCUCAGUAUGGCGAACCGCCUUUCGUCCCAAGUGCUAGUCCUUCCCAAAUACCACCGGCUGCUUUGCCACCUCCGCCGGUCAUGCCUGUUCAUGUUGCUCCUGUCCCGUCUCCUAUUACUCCCAAACCAAACACCCAAAACAAGCAAGGAAAACCCAAUAUCCAUACACCGCAAGCACAACCUAUCAUUAAAGUGGGACCCACACCAGCAAAGACCUCCCCCAAAAUAGAGCUCCAGAAAAAACCUUCUACACCUAUUGCGACGCCGAAACGACCCCAGCCUGAUCCAUCGCCGGCGACACAUGCUACUCCGCAGGUCAUGAUCCCUGCCCCUUCUCCAGUCGUUCAAGCAAGAAUUCACGCCCAAACUCCGAAGAAGCAACUUCAACCGCAGCAUAUUGAAAAGAAGAGACAGCCGAGUCAGCCAAAUGUCGAAAAGCAUGGGAAGCCCACACCUGCCAAGUCUACAAAGCCUCCGGUCGACUAUCAGGUUCUGCUGUUGUCCCUGGCCGAUGAAUAUCUAAAUGCUGCUCAUGCGCGUGGAACAACGACCUCAUUGACCGCUCGUGAGACGGAUGUCGAGGAAUAUUACAAGCUGGUUGCUACCGGAUUGGGCUGUUUGGAGGCUGUCUUGAAGAACUGGCGAUUGCAACCUCGCAAAGAAGCCCUUGUUAGACUUCGCUAUGCCCGUACAUUGUUCGAGGAAACAGACAAUGAUAUCGAAGCGGAAACAGCAUUGAGUAAAGGAAUCGAUCUUUGUGAACGAAACCGUAUGCUUGACUUGAAAUACAGCAUGCAGCACCUCUUGGCACGAAUGCUCCACAAGAGUAACCCCAAAGCUUCCUUGAAAGCGGUCGAUGGGAUGAUUCAGGACGUAGAAGCGUACCGUCAUGCCGCAUGGGAGUACGCAUUUCGUUUUCUUCGAGUAUCACUCUCGUUGUCAUCUCCGUCACACCAAGACUCCGUGCAAGCGUUACAGCAUCUUCACAAAAUCACGGCUAUGGCUAGCCGUAACGGGGAUAAGGCUGUUUCAGCAAUGGCGGCUGUCAUUGAAUCGCUUGCACAUUUGCAGCAAGCGACAAAUUCCGAUUCUAUCGAGCAGGCACAGCGCGCCGUGGCCGCCGCGCGAAGUCAUCAGCUGAAUGAUGAACUUCGCCAUAUACCCCAACUUACAACCUUGAUUCAAAUGGUCGAUAUCUGCUGCAGUCUUCUAGAGUACGACGCCAACCAGUCUGGACAGAAGCUGAAGGUCAUGCAGGCUUUGAUGGACGAAACAUUGAGCGACAGCAACUGGCGUCCCGAUGGAUCCUUUUCGGUCCCUCUCAACGGUAAAUCUGCCGGGCCGUCAUCCAUCGACACAGGUGACAUCUUGCAGGUUCAUAAUGGGACAUUGCUACUAAGUUUCAACUGGCUUCCUCAGCACGAUCUUUAUGCGCUUUGCUAUUUCUUAAGCUCAAUCACGCUUACUGCCAAGAACUCAUAUGACGGCCGGAAAGCAGAGAAAUAUCUUGAGGAAGGGCUUCGAAUGGUUCAAGGCAAUUUCAAGGCCCCCCAAGAAAUUUCAGAAUCCAUGGUCAAUGCCAACCGUCGGGUUCAGUGGCGUCAGUCCCUUUACUGCAACCUUCUCCUCCAACGAGUCUUCCUAGCCUGCGCUCGAACCGAUUGGGAUCUUGCCAGCCAGACCCUGAAUGACCUUCGACAAGUCUUCCAAGAGCUUGGUUCCAACCUCCCGGACACCAUCGAAUGUCUGAUGGAAUAUGCCGCUGGCACCAUCGCACAGGCAACUGGCGAUCUCAAAGCCGCGCUGAACAUAUUCCAAUCACCGAUUCUGUCACUGGACCCCGUUACAAGCAAGACAGGCCGCAAUGACCCCUGUCGCGAUACGCGCAUCCUCGGCGGUCUCAAUACAGUCCUUAUCCUCCGUGACCCAAGUCACCCAUCGCACUCAUUGCUCAGCGCCGUUCUAGCAACCCUCGAACCAUUCUGCCAAAGCAGCCCAAACAAGUACAUACAAGCUGCCUACUACCUAGUCUGCGCAACCGUUCACUCCGAGUCAACCAUUCAAACAAAACAGUACCUCCAGCAAGCCCUGCAGUCUGCCACCGCAAUCAGCAACAGCCAAAUCACCUGCAUGACCCUAACAUUCAUGAGCUGGAAGUACUUCCGCGGCGUGGUCGGCGAGCAAGCCGAGAAAAGCGCUCGCGCCGGCCGUGCAAUGGCUAAACGAGCUAAUGACCGUAUGUGGGCGAGCGUCACUGACGACAUGCUGGCUGAGACUCUCGAGCGACAGGGCAAGGGCGAGGAAGCGCAGAGUGUCCGCGAAGAAGGUCAACGCUUGGUCUCGGGUCUUCCACUGCGUCUGAGACGUUCGGCCUGA